AUGGCUACAUUGGAAGAAUAUCUAUCACAAGCUACGGCUCCAGGUCCCGAUCGACAGCUGACCGGCUGUGUUGUGAUGGCUGCGAACAAAGAUGGCAUCGCAUACUCCAAGAGCUUCGGCUCAAUGUCAGUAGAUCCAACCUCGCAUCUCUAUUCUGAACCCCUCACCCCGGACACAACAAUGUGGAUUGCAUCCAACACAAAACUCAUGACGGCUAUCUCUGCAUUGCAAUGUGUGGAGAGAGGAUUGCUAAGCCUAGAUGAUGAUGUUUCCAACAUCCUUGAGGAGUGGAAAGCUCCCGAGAUUCUAGUCGGAUUCGAGGACGACACCGGGAAGCCAAUCGUUCAAAAGGCGAAGAAUAAAAUCACACUUAGAUUGCUUCUCACGCACCAGAGUGGUCUGGGAUAUGACUUUCUUCAGCCCCAACUAACACGUUUCUCAAAGUACAUGGAAGCCAACGGAAAAGCGGGCAUCCAGCCUAUCCCCAAAAUGUACCUAUUUCCACUACUUCAUGAACCAGGCACUUCCUGGUCAUACGGUGUCGGCCUCGACUGGGUCGGUCAGAUGAUCGAGCGCGUGACCAACCAAACCCUAGGCGCGUACAUGGAAGCAAACAUCUGGAAGCCUCUCGGAAUGACCUCCACCACUUUCCGGAUACAAGAACGGUCUGAUAUCAAAUCUCGGCGCGCAGACAUGUCCAUGAGAAUUGCUGAUGGAACUCUGAUCCCCAGCCCGACACGCUUUGUCUCCGACGAUCUUCCGGACGACCACGGUGGUGGGGGCCUCUUCUCCUGUGCAGCAGAUUACAUGAAGCUUUUAGUCUCAGUUCUAAAGAAUGAUGGUACUCUGUUGACAUCGAGCAGUAUGGAGGCUCUAUUUAUGCCAUGCCUCUUCCCCGAUGGAAUUAAGGCACUGCGAGAUAACAGAGCAGCAAUUUACAAGGGCUUUCGAGAAGGUAAAAUAGGCUCCAAGGCAGAGAAAAAGGUCAUUCAGCCUUAUGAGAUGAAUCAUGCCCUUGGUGGCCAGAUAUCAGAAAGAGAUUGGACAAAUGGCAGAAAGGCAGGGAGCAUGAAUUGGUCCGGGCUCCCCAACCUCAGCUGGUUCAUUGAUCGCAAGUCAGGCAUCGCACUGCUUUAUUCUAGCCAAUUAUUGCCAUCGAGCGAUCAUGUCACUAGGGUGGCAUUUGAGAGGUUUGAAUAUGCGGUAUACAACGGGGAGCUUGGCGAUAUUGGUUCUUUAGGCUCGUAG